AUGACCAUUAAAGAUGACAGUUCCCAGCUCUCCGAGACACCAGCGUUAGGCGGUACUCCUGUUAACAAAGAAAUCACCACAACAGAUGACGUGGAAGGGCAGAAAGUCACAAAGCGAAAGAAAGGGAACGCGCAGCAUCAAGAGUCUUCCGAUCCAAGAGAACAAAAACUGAUGCAUUGGAGAAAUAGCAUUUAUGCGGUCGGUCGCGUGAAUAUUGACUGGAAGGAUGAAAAUCCAUUCCUCAGUCAUCCACCCGGACACAAGCGCAAUGAUAAUGUGGCUUGGUCAGGUGUCGUUUGUGGCUCUUGUCUGACGUGUGUGGGACGAAUUGGAAACAUGGCUGUGUUCUAUAGCACGAUGGAAGAAUACGAAGCAGUUGAAAAGAGCGAGGGGAGAGAAGACAGAGUGGUAAAGAGGAAACGACCUCGGCCAGUUUGCAUGGUCGGACCUUACUGGCCGGUCAAUCUCUGUCUGACCUGGCCACUGAUACUGGGAAUAUCUGGUUGGACACUCUUCACCAAGGUUAUUUAUCAGAACUUUGUUAUCAUUAUCACCUGGAGUUUAUGCACCUUUGCUCUGUGCGCCUCCUUGCUAUUGGUAUCCUGUACCAACCCAGGAAUUCUUUAUCGACACGAAGAAGCGCCUCCGGGAGAAGAAGGAAGUUGGCAAUGGAAUGAUCAAGCGAGGACAUAUCGGCCAUCAAAUGCUCGUUUUGAUACGGAGUGUCAAGUGGUUAUUGAAGAAUUUGAUCAUACUUGUCCUUGGACUGGAACAGGAAUUGGAGGCGGUAACAUGAAGCACUUCAAAUCCUUUGUCUUUAUGGUUCCAGUGUGCAUCAUUUACACUGUUGUCCUGCACAUGGGUUUUACGUAA